AUGAUAAAUAUUUAUUUAUUUCUUUUAAUUAAUUUAUUAAUACAAACAUCAUCAUCAUCAUCAUCAUCAACAUCAUCAUUAUUAUUAUUAUCCACACAACUACCUUCACCUACAACAACAACAACCACACCAACACCAAUAUUACCACCAACACUAACAUUAUUUGUAAAUAGUAAUAGUCCUAUAAAAUAUAAUAAUAGUAAAUGUGGUAAUAUAGAUAAUAAUGAACCACCAUGUAUUAAACUAGGGGAUGCAGGUGAUAGAGCAAGAUCAUUCCUUUUAAAUAAUUUUACAAGUUCUACUCAAUUAAUAAUCCAAUUAACAAAUCCAUUUUAUAAUAUAACCAAUAAUGAUUCAACAUCAGUUUUGGGUAAUUUAUUUGGAUUUUCGUCAAUAUAUAUAAACAAUUAUAUUAAUAACACCAAUAAUAAUAAUAACAAUAUAAUAAUCAAUAGUGAAAAUAAUAAUAUAAAUUUACCAUUUUUAACAAUUAAACAAACUAAUCAAUAUCAAUUAAAAUAUAUGGAUAUAAGAAUUAGUAAUUUCACAUUCACACAAUUUAAUAAUAACACAACAAUAUUUGAUAUUCAAACCAAUGCUUCAACAUUAUCAUUAUUUCAUAUUUAUAAUUCAAAUUUUUAUCAGAUUAAUGGUGUAAUAGUAAAUUCAAUAUCAAUUAAUAAUAAUACAGCUAAUAAUAAUAAUAAUAAUAGUAAUAAUAAUAAAUUAACAUUAAAUUCAAUUAUAAUUGUAUCAUGUACUUUUAAUAAUACAAAUCCAACUUUAUUACCAACAUUUAAAAUUAUAAAUUCAAAACUUCAAAUUUUAACAAGUACUAUUAAAAAUUCUAAAUUUUCAAAUAAUUCAUUCAUUAGUAUUGAAAAUGGUGGAAUAAGAAUGUUUUCAUCGACAAUUAAAUAUAAUGAUUUCUAUGAUACAACAAGCAACAAUAAUAAUAAUAAUAAUAAUAAUAAUAAUAAUAAUAAUAAUAAUAAUAAUAAUAAAAAUAAUAAUAAUAAUAAUAUAUCACCUUUUAUAUUCUUAUUAAAUUGUAAUACAAAUAUUAGAUUUGAAUCAAAUUUAAUAACUCAAAAUAAUAAUUUAAAUAGUUUUUUAAGUAUUUUCCAAAAUGAAUCAAUUCAAUUUUAUCAAAGUCAAAAUAAUGGACAAUUACAAUUAUAUCAAUAUGAUUAUAUAAUAGUUAAUGAUUUGAAUAUUAAUCUCAAUCAAUUCUUAGAUGUUACCACCUCAUCUGAUAAUGCUAUUUCAUUGAUAAGUAUUCAAUUUACUGAUAAUAUUUCAAAUAAUUUUAAUAAUAAUUUUACAUUUCAAGAUAUUUCAAUUCAAAAUAAUUUAAAUUAUACAAACAGUAAUGGUGAUAGUAGUAGUAGUGAUAAUGAUAAUAAUAGUGGAAUGUCAUUAUUUUCAUUAAAUAAUUGUGGUGCUUAUACUUUUAAUAAUGUUCAAUUUAGGGAUAAAGGAAUAGGUUUUAGUGAUUUAAAUUUAAUUAAUUCAACAGUAAAUUUAAUUAAUAGUGUACUCUUUUCAAGUUAUCCAAUUAUUGGUAAAAACUCUUAUAUCUCAAGUGAUACUCAAACCUAUAUUUCAAAUACUGAUGAAAUUUAUCUAUGUGAUCAAUGUUAUUUCAAUGGUGAAAUUAAAAAAAAUCCAAAAAAUUUAACAUCUUCUCAAAAGCUUUUAAUUGGUUUAUUAGUUAGUGGUUGUGUUCUCCUAGUGCUAGCUACAUUGUUUAUUUUCUAUAGGGUCACUCUAAAGAAAACAGUUGACUCUAUGCUUGAAAAACGUGCUAAAAAUAGAAUGGAUUUAAAAUUCUCUCAAUUGGAUCAUAUACCAAGUGCUGAUGAAAAUCAAUCUCUUUUACAUGUUAGCAAUGGUGAGGCUGAUAUCGAUGAUGGUAGUGGUGGUACUGAUAGUAACUAUCAAAGAGAAAAAUUACAAAUAGCUGGCGAGGUUGACAAUUUAUUCUUUUAUCAAGAUGAUAAUAGUAUUAAUAUUAGUAAAAAACAAUUUUAA